GCGCGUUGUCUUUGUGAGUCCUGAGGAACCUGCGUAUGUCUUGUAUAGCUUGAUUCGGGCAGAGGAAGCCGGGAGCCUGCCGGGCCGUGGAGACGGGAUUUAUCCGGGAUAUAUCGAGCGCAGAGCCGGUGGUGUGUCCCAGGCUGUACGGAGACGGAGGAAAUUACUGACCCUUGGCAGUAACUGCUCACGUCAUUCCAGCACUGAACAUUGAAUACAAGGAUUUUGUAAGAGAAGAUGAAGAAACGCGUGGCUUGUUAUCUUGUGAUAUUUUGUGCAAUAACUAUUGGAUAUCUGUCUAAGAGGUCAACAGCAGAUUUAGAUGCGACUCCCAGGAUCACGGUGACAUAUAACGAACUUGCGGAUGCAAAAUGGUUUAGCGAUAAUAUGAAGAAUUACAGCACUUUACUCCUGGAAGAUGAGCAUGGAAUUCUGUACGUGGGGGCAAGAGGCGCCAUCUUCUCUCUCAACUCAAGCGACAUUUCUCAAAGGUCUCAAAGAACGAUCCAUUGGGAAGUUAAUGCUGAUGAGACCAAGGCCUGUCAGGACAAAGGCCGAAACAACCAGACGGAGUGUUUCAACCAUAUAAGGCUCUUGCAGAGGUUUAAUGAAACCCACCUGUAUGCCUGCGGAACGCAUGCCUUUUCCCCUCUUUGCUGCUACAUCGAUGUGAAGACCUUCCUCCUACCUGCUACUUUUGAAGAUGGGAAAGAGAAGUGCCCGUAUGAUCCAGUCAUCGGAUACACUGGUCUAAUAAUAGAUGGAGGUCUGUACACCGCUUCUCGCUAUGGGUUUCACAGUGUGCCAGAUAUAAGAAGGAAUAUUGUUCCACAUUCUUUAAAAACUGAAGCAUCCCCCUUGCACUGGCUGAUGGAUGCCGAGUUUGUGACUUCCAAAUUAAUUCGAGAAAGUCUAACUACUACCAUAGGAGAUGAUGAUAAAAUCUACUACUUCUUCAACGAAAACAUCAUGGAAGAAACUUCAGAGUUUCUAGACAAGACCAAAGUAGCAAGAGUAGCUCGUGUAUGCAAGAGUGAUAUAGGAGGCAAGAAGAUUCUGCAAAGGAAAUGGACGUCAUUCCUGAAAGCAAGACUAUUCUGCUCCAGUCCAUACUAUGAAACCUUAAAAAGUGUUUACACCUUGAAUGUGGGCAACUGGGACGGAACCAUCUUCUAUGCAGCCUUUUUUUUCCAAUGGGGAAACAUGAAGAUCUCAGCGGUCUGUCGAUACAGCCUACCUGAUAUUCAGAGAGUAUUUGAAGGCCCCUAUAUGGAAUAUCAAGAUUCCUCACGGAAAUGGACCAAAUAUAACGGAGAAGUUCCAAAACUAAGGCCUGGCUCAUGUAUCACAAAUGAAUUUCGGAGCAGUGGCUACAACUCUUCACAGGAUCUCCCGAAUAAUGUCCUUGAUUUUGUAAAACUCCAUCCUCUGGUAUCUGAGGUGGUCAAGCCAAUUGGAGACAAACAGCUUCUCUCCAAGAAGAACAUUGUAUAUACUCGAAUCGUUGUAGACAGAGUCACAGCUCUGGACAAAGAACAGUAUGAUGUGCUGUUUCUAGGGACAGACAAUGGCUGGAUUCACAAGGCCGUGGUUGUCAACAACAAAGUUCACAUAAUAGAAGAAAUACAGGUUUUUAAAAGGCCACAAGCAAUUGAAAAUAUGGUCAUAUCCAAAAAACAGAAUAAUUUGUAUAUUGGCACCCAGAGCGGAGUCCUCCAGAUACCUCUGUCUGGCUGUAAUCAAUACACGUCAUGCUAUGACUGCAUCCUGGCCAGGAAUCCAUAUUGUGGUUGGGAUGGCAACGCAUGUCGACAACCCCAUACAUCACAAGACUGGGUACAGAUGACGCAGGAUAUGCAGAGUGGUAACAGAGGAUGUAUAAACGACACAGAUGAGGUUCCUCCUUUGAAGAAAAUGCGGGCAGUUUUGAAAGGCGAUGAUGUUUUUCUACAGUGUGACCUCCGGUCUAAUCUGGCUCAGCCACAAUGGUUUGUAAAUGGCACAGACCCAUUGGAGAGCGGUAAUGCUCAUUUUAGAGUGGGCAUCGAUGGACUUCUCAUCACGGAUGCGCUUCUAGAACACAGCGGUGAAUAUAGUUGUUACUCCGAAGAGAGCGGAUUGCAGGCCAUAGUGACUUCAUAUAAUGUUAGCGUUUUGUUGGAGUUACCGAAAGGGAUGAUCUACUCUGAACCGACUCCCAUUGUCCAGUUGCCAACACCAGCACCGCACGGCUCUUCCAAGUUGGAGUUUGUGUACAUUUCCGUAAUAACUAUCCUUGGUGGCUUAUGCCUUGUUCUAUUUAUUGUAUUACUCUAUGUAUCUUGCCAGCAGAAAAGGAAAGGUAAAUACAACACAACCAAUUCCAGAAUGAAUGCUGUAGAACUUCAAACGGUAUCUUCAAACUUCAAAGACAAGUCCGAAGAGAUGAACAGCUAUUCUGAUGGCUGUCUUCAGAUUAUUCCUGGUGAGGCGCCAACUAGUCCUUCAAGCAAAAUAAACCCUCCUCCUCCACCGCCACCUCCACCUCUUCCCUCAGAGUUUACCAAUGGGAUCAGCACCCUUCCCAACAUGCUAAGGAAAAUGAAUGGGAAUAGUUAUAUGCUUUUAAGACAAAAUGAUGAGGCAAGCUCACCAUUGUAUAAUUCCUUUACAGAGGAGCUCAGCAAGAUCCUGGAGAAGAGGAAACAUACGCAAUUGGUUGAAAAGUUGGAUGAAAGUUCUGUUUAGCAAAAACUGCUCAGAGACAGUGAUAUAACACAAUACUACCUCAAUGAACAAUCUUUAUUUUUUUUUUU